GAAGAAUAAAGGGGAGGACCUAAAAAUUUGAAAGUCGCGGGCAGAAACUGCACCCAAGUACUCGAAAGUGUUUUACUCGGAUUUAAAAUAUCAAAUUGGAUAAUAGUUUUACUGUGAGCUUUCGAUUCAGACUGACUAAUGAGGUUGUUGGUACAUAUUAGCCGCGUAUACCGAACCCGUUUCUGUGAAAUUUAAACAUUGUUACCCACGACAAAGACAAGCGUACAGAAGGACCCUCUGCAAAAACGCUAGUCAAAGAUCAUCUCUAUGACAGCACUCUAGAUCUAACAAUCUGCUGUAAAAAUACUACAUUGGUACCGAACACCAUGGCCAAUGAGGUUGUGAAGGCGAUACCAGUGCGGGUCGCCUUGAGAUGUCGUCCUUUGGUGCUAAAAGAAAUCAAUGAGGGAUGUCAGUGCUGCCUCACUUUUGUGCCAGGGGAGCCACAGGUGGUUGUUGGCACAGAGAAGGCGUUUACCUAUGAUUAUGUAUUCGAUCCUACUGCAGAGCAAGAGGAAGUCUUCAGUACUGCUGUGUCCCCCUUAUUGCGUGGGCUCUUUAAAGGCUACCAUGCUACUGUUCUUGCAUAUGGACAGACAGGGUCUGGAAAGACCUUUUCCAUGGGGGGAGCGUACACGUCCGCUCAAGAGAAUGAGUCCUCUGUCGGCGUUAUUCCACGAGUUAUCAGGAGAGUCUAUGACGAAAAAGACAAGAGGACUGACUGUGAAUUCUUCCUGGCAGUAUCAUAUCUGGAGGUCUACAAUGAGGAUGUGUUGGAUUUGUUAUGUCCCUCUAAGGAUAAACCUGCUAUGAGCAUUCGGGAGGACCCCAAAGAAGGUAUUAAGAUUGUGGGGUUAACGGAGAAGCAGGUGGUCUCCGCUGAGGAGAUGGUGAGCUGCUUGGAACUUGGAAACUCAGCUCGCACCGUUGGCUCCACGGCAAUGAAUGCUGCAUCAUCGCGCUCUCACGCCAUCUUCACAAUCACACUUGAGCAGCGCAAAGGGAAAGACAAAGGUGACUCCAUAAUUUCUAAACUACACCUAGUGGAUCUGGCUGGUUCAGAGAGGCAGAAGAAAACCAAAGCAGAGGGUGAUCGUUUAAAAGAAGGCAUCAGCAUCAAUCGAGGCCUUUUGUCUUUGGGUAAUGUGAUCAGCGCCCUGGGGGAUGAAAGCAAAAAAAAUGCCUUUGUCCCUUACCGAGACUCCAAACUCACUCGCCUGUUACAAGAUUCCUUGGGAGGCAACAGCCACACACUGAUGAUUGCAUGCGUCAGUCCUGCAGACUCCAACAUGGAGGAGACCAUCAACACGCUACGAUACGCUGACCGAGCUCGCAAGAUUAAAAAUAAGCCUGUUGUCAACGUUGACCCCAGGGCGGCAGAAAUGGGCCGUUUGAAGCAACAGGUACAAGAGCUGCAAGUGAUGCUACUUCAUGCACGUGGAGGGGUUGCACCAGUACUCUCUGGGCCAGAAUCUGGGCAGAAUUUAAAUAAGCUGCUUGAACGGAAUCGCACUCUGCAGGAUGAGAACAACAAAUUGAGUAUGGAGCUGAGUGAGGCAGCAGGACAAACCGCCCUCAUGUUUGAGAAGAUCAUUAUGACUGAACAAACAAAUGAGAAACUGCAAAGCAAACUGGAACAACUGCAGCACCAUUCAGCUUGCACAGUGAAUCUUGAGAAACUGCUGUCAACACUUGAAGAUCAGGAGUUGAAGGAGAAUGUCGAGGUGAUGAAAAACCUGCAAGAUGUCAUCUUGGAGCUUAAGAGCGAGAGUGCGAGUAUUGCUGCCUCAAUUGACGCCAUGGCUCCAGAAGUCGAUGCAUCGGAUAGACCAGACGAUGGCAAUAACAAUGGACUUGAUGAUUCUCCAUCAAAUACCAAUGCAACUGCUGGCAAAGAUUCACCAGAUGGCUUUACAGCCCAUCAUGCGCUACGACAGGCCCAGCUCUCCAAGGAGUUGAUUGAACUCAACAAAGUGUUGAGUUUGAAGGAGGCAUUUGUUAAGAAGAUGUGCCAGAAUGACAACCAUCUGGACUCCAUGCAGUCAGAACAUUGGAAUAAUGUACAGUCUCUACAGUCUGCAGUGGAUUCUCUGCAAAAGGAGAAAGAGAAGCUUGUUUUGGCACUCCAGUCUGCAAAGAAAGGCACCAACCAGGCUAUCCUGAGUGAACAGCGGAGAAAGCAACUGCAGAAGCUGGAGGGGCAACUCGGAGACAUGAAGAAGAAACUUCUUGAGCAGUCAAAACUGCUCAAGCUCAAGGAGUCUUCUGUUCAGAGAGUCGGCAAGCUUGUUCAGGAAAUACAGGCAAUGAAGAACCAGCGUACACAGCUGAUGAGGCAGAUGAGGGACGACUCUGAGAAAUUUCGACAGUGGAAAGGCCAGAAGGACAGAGAAGUGCUGCAACUCAAGGAGAAGGAUCGUAAACGCCAAUAUGAGUUGCUUAAACUUGAGAGGGAUUUCCAGAAACAGGCCAAUGUCCUGCGGCGGAAAACUGAGGAGGCUGCAGCUGCCAACAAGCGACUCAAAGAUGCUCUGCAGAAGAGAAGAGAAGCAACAGAGAAACGCAAAGAUUCUCAGAACCGAGGGAUGGAGGGAGCGGCUGCAAGAGUGAAGACUUGGCUUCUCAAUGAAGUGGAGGUGAUGGUCAGCACGGAGGAGGCCCGUCGCCACCUCAAAGACCUACUGGAGGACCGAAAAGUUUUGGCACUGGAGAUAAACCACCUGAAGCAGCAGAUUGAUGCUGGGGGGCGACCUGCAGCCAAAAUCAGGCGUCGGACAUUAAUCAUAUCUGAGUUGGAGACUCAGGGGGCGCUGGAGACGCCUCUGACCAAACAGUUGGAAAACUUAAAGACAGAGAUGGAGCUCAGAAAUGCACAGAUUGCUGACCUUCAGCAGAAAGUCCUUGCUGCAGACGGUGAGGGACGUCUGAAACAGCGCAUAGACGGCCUCAAAAACAUUGUUGAUGCCAAGAGUGCAGUCAGGGUCCUGAUAGCUGAGCUGGUGUCUGCUAAAACAACCACAGCCAAGCUAGAGAGCGAACUCCAACAGGAGAAAGGAAACGGUUCAGACUUAAGGAAACUGGUAGCUGAUGAGAGAAAUGUAAUGUCCACCAUGGAUAUGGAACACCAGCAGCAGCUAGUGGAAUUAGAGCAGAGGCAUCAGGAAAAGGUUCUUUAUCUCCUCAACCAGCUCCAGAGCAAACCCAUCGGCGGAGAAUCCGACGAAAGGAAGCAGAAAGACGAGGAGACUCCAAAAGAGAGAGAGCUCCUGCAACGUCUUAAAAUUCAGGAAGAAGAGCUGGAAAAACUGCGUAAUUUAAGUGAGCAGAACCAGAAACUGGUGGAACAGAAUGAACAGUUCAGACAGAAACUCUCGCUUCUCCAUAUAGCAGCAGGAAAGAAAGUCCUCAUGCCGAACACAAAUAAUGACAAGAGCUUGGAUGAUACAUUUGAGUAUCUUCCUCCAAAGCCUAAAGGGAAGCGCUUCACUACAGCUAAACCGCAGAUCAACAUUGAAGACCUGAUGUGUUCCAGCGACGACGAGAAGGACGACGAAGAGGACGAGUGGCAUCCUGAGAAACUGGAGAAGGGACGCAGAGUCUCCAAGAAGCCAAAAGCCACUGGGUGUUCGUGUAAAGGUCGCUGUGGCAACAGGCAGUGCCGUUGUCGUAAAGGCAAGAUGAACUGUGGAGAGAACUGUCAGUGUGAUCAUGAGAAAUGUCGGAAUAUGGACAGCCAGGCGCUUGCUCAGAAUGCGAGUCAGGUUGAAAAUGUUUCGAGAGACUCUCCAUCCCUUCAAGACCAGACCACUGCCAGUCCAGACACCACGUUCUUCAGGCCGCCGUCGUGCACGCCAACCAAGAAGGUGCUUGAGGAAAUCGGAGACAUAAGACACACCCAGACAGACCUGAAGUCGGUGUCUAAGCCUGUCCUGCUAGAGGAAGAGGAGAAAGUUGAUCAGCAGGAAGACCAAACCUCAGUUAGCUUCCUCAAGAAGAAGAAACGACUCCUCACAAGUUUUCAUGACAGUUUCUUCUCUGGCUGCGCUCCAAUCAGAGAGGAAUUUUAGACCGUUUUAGUUGUUCGUCUUUAUGUAACUGGAAAAUAGCUGUGACUUAUGUCCAUUUAAGAACUUAUUACUGCACAGUUAUAUGACCAUCUUUUAUCUUUUUUAAGACUUCAUCCAUUUCCUUCCUGUCUUGCACUUCCAAUGAAAUUCUUCUGUGUUUGUUUCGUUGUUUAUAAUUUAUUUCCUUCAUUUUGCUAGAUUGUGUCGAUUUUGAAAAUUCCUCUGAUUAGAUUUUUUUCUUAGCCUAAAGACAUUUAAAUACAUUUGUGUUCAUGUUACACAAUCUACAGAUUCUUUAAGUCUUGUCUUUUUAAAGGAAAAAUAAAAUGUCUUCAUUAACA